ACGCCCCUCCCGUUCCUAACGACUCCGGGGCUUCGGUUCCGUCUUCAUUUCCAAGGGGAAUAGCAGCAUUCCCGUAGGCCGGCUUUAAGCAGACUCUUCAUGGCCGAGGAAGUGUUCCAGAAGGCCCGAAAUAGGACCUUGAGCGUUUUCUGCGAAGAUGCGGAAAAGGAAUGGAAGGCCCCGUUCUACUUCAUUCAGGGAGCGGACCCUCAGUUUGGGCUGAUGAAAGCCUACUCCAUUGGCAACUGUGACAGCGGAGGCGACGAAUGGGACCAAGAGCUCAAGCUCACGCAGCAAGCGGUGCAAGCCAUCAACCGUCUAAACCCCAAACCCAAGUUCUUCGUGAUUUGUGGAGAUCUCGUGCAUGGCAUGCCAGGGACUCCGUGGCGCGAGGCGCAGACCCGUGACUUGAAAAAUGUCCUGAAGGGCCUCAGCUGUGACAUCCCUGCCGUGUUUGUCAGCGGCAACCAUGACCUUGGGAAUGCUCCUACUCCAGAAACGAUCAACGAUUAUUGCCAGCAGUGGGGAGACGAUUACUUUGCCUUCUGGGCAGGGGGAGUGCUCUUCCUCGUCCUCAAUUCUCAGCUCUACUUUGAUCAUUCGAAAUGCCCGGAACAGAAGCAGGCACAGGACGUGUGGCUUAGCGAGCAGCUGGCCAUUGCAGAAAAGAAAGCGUGCAAGCAUGUGGUGAUGUUCCAGCACAUCCCUUUGUUUCUCAAGUCGCCCGACGAAGACCACGACUACUUCAACCUGGAGAAGUCGAUUCGACAAGAAUUGCUGGACAAAUUCUGCAAAGCAGGCAUUAAGAAAGUGUUUUCCGGGCAUUACCAUCGAAAUGCUGGAGGGGCCUACAAAGAUCUUGAGAUGGUUGUUUCAUCAGCUAUAGGGUGCCAGCUGGGAGAAGACACCCAUGGGGUCAGAGUGGUUGUGGUCACUGCGGAGAAGAUUGUUCACAGAUACUACAGUUUAGAGAAACUGAGCAAUGAAGGAAUAGAGAAAGAUCUUAUGGAUUUGAUUAAGCAAAAUUAGUCCUUUCUUUCCUGUGCCAAAAAAAUAAAUAAAUCGCUAAUCCAGUCCAUGCGGGGCAAUUGAUCUGUGUGCCUCUACUCUGUCCCACCUUUCUGUUUCUGUUCUUUCAUAUCUUAGGAACUAACCAACCAGUAAGUAUCUGUUACCCCAAACACCAAUGUAGAAGAAAG